AUGGCAAGUGCUUGGCAUGCACGUCCAGAGCGAAAUUUAUAGAGAUUUCGGUGGGGAUCAACCACAACGUCGAUGAGCUUCUAGUCGGCAUUCUGACACAAAUUAGACUGAAAGUAUUAAACUAUGACGAACAUGGGCAUCAACAACAAUGGUACAAAAGCAGAAAUAUGAUAAAGGCCAGUAUGAAGGCCAGGCAGAUGUUCACGUGGCUCUUUGGCAAAGAAGAUUCAAAGUUCAAAAACUGUGAGAAUCUUCAUAUCCUAUAAACUGUGAAGGUGCUGAGAUUUGGGGGUCCGUCUAUGCUCAUACUUUACCCUAAUCCAAUUUGGGUUAAAUGUUUUUUUUAAUGUAUACGAGUUUGAAUCGUUUCGGCGCUGAACGUCUUGACAAAUACAUCAGCAUAUAGGAACAAAGAAAUUAAAAAGAUGAUUUUUAUGUACUAUUUUCACAUUAAUGUUAAUUUGUUAAGUGUGAUGCGACUCCUAAUCUAAAUGCAGCCAAGUAGGUAGUUGUAAGUUUCAAAAUCAAAUCUAAUGUAACCGGUGGGCCAAUUUUCUAAAAUGUGCUUACCUAUCAACAAUUGAUAAACGUCGUCUUUUAUAUGCAUUCUGGGCCAAAGUAAUUAUACAGGGUUAAUUAUUAGGGUUUAUCAUAUCCUUAUAAAACAGAUGAAAAUAAGCAGCAUUUGCGAAAAUUCUAACUAUUUCAUCUGUUUAAGUAAAACUUAUAAUACAAUUUUAAGAGUGUAUAUUUCUCACUAUCUAAAUACAGGGUGAUACAAAAACAGAUGAUGCACAGAACACAAGGACACAUUAAACCAAUGGUUCACUGAACACCGGUACAAAUGAGCCGGAGUUCAUUAACCGAAUACGAAAAGCUGCUCGAGAAUAGUGCACAAUAACGCACUAACUUGUUUGGACUUAAAGACUGAAAUGUAUGUUUAUUUGUAUACAUAUCAAUUCGAGGUUAUGAGGACCCUAAAGAACAAUUUCUCUUGACAAUUUUGACGUUCCGAGAGAGAAUUUUUCUGUAUUUUUCCAUGGUUGCCGGAGUUUUUAAUAAUUACCAAGCAACAGGCUUUUACUUAAUGUUAAUUAUUUACAGAUUACCUUGAAAACCAUUGUUGCCAUGCUUCUGAUACAGUUUUAUGCAAAUUUCUCAGUUUUUAAAAACAUUUUUUUUGUACUCCAAUAACACUCCCAGACAACACCUCCAGGGGAAUGACGCCAAUUUUAAAUCACCCUGUAUAUUCAAAUCUUUAUUCGGUACUGCGAUAGGACAAAGGUUUCUUCACUUUUUUAUGCAAACUUGUACAUGAAAAUACAGUAUUUUAACUAGAUUUUUAAGUACUAUACAUGAUUCAAGCUACAGGUUUUUUGCAAAUGAAAAAAUCUACCAUUAAGGUUCAUUAUUCGUUCUUCCGCUCAGCCAUGAGUAAUAUAUUUUUCAAAUUGAAAAAUGAUUCUAAUAAGGCCUUAUUUUAAACCACAUAUUUGUUAAUCGACUUACUUUAGAUAGCUUAACAUUAUUUUUAUUGUUACCUUUUGUACAUCUAUUUCCCCUAUAUACUUUCGACAAUAAUAAAUGUUGUACAUGUUGUAUAAAUAAGAA